CUGGAGGGUAGUUUUGAAUGUUUCUGGUUAGCGCAUGUUGUUGAUGCUAAUUUAGUGACUGGAGUUAAAGGGACUAAACCCGAAGCCCAGGUGGUGUAGAGUUAAAGGGACUAAACCCGAAGCCCAGGUGGUGUAGAGUUAAAGGGACUAAACCCGAAGCCCAGGUGGUGUAGAGUGAUUAUGAGGUGUAUGCGCUGUGUGUAAGUGUGUGUUUAAGCCCCAGCGGUGAUGGCCAGUGUACAUGAGAGUCUGUACUUUAACCCCAUGAUGGUGAACGGGGUGGUGCAGGUGAACAUAUUCGGCAUUAAGGACUGGGUGACGCCCUAUAAGAUGUCCGUGUUAGCGCUGCUGUAUGACAUGAGUUCAGCUAAUAAACACACCGAGCUGCUGGACAGGAGGAAGCUCAAUAAACUCAUCUUACCUUUACAGCAGGGUCCGGAUGUGCCAUUUGAGCAGUUCCUGAGCUCAGUACAUGAGUGCUGUCCUCUCAUCGCCAACACGGUCAAACACAGGUUGUGUUCAAUGGCAGACAGGGAGCUACAGGACAUGGAGCACUUCUUCGCUGAAUUACCGAGUGCCUUCACUGACUCUGAAGCAUUCAAGACCAGCGUUGUAGGGCUGUUUAUGCGUCAGAUGUUGCUGGCGUAUAAUAAACUGUCCUUCAGUCAGGUGUAUAAACUCUACAAGGCCCUGCAGCAGUAUUGUCGCCAUGGGCAACGACGCCAACAUGACCUUGCUAAUGAGGACAUGGAGCUGAAUGCUAAUGAGGACACGCCCACUGACAUCACAGAGAAAAACGAGACAGACACGCAUGCUCUGCACCAAUCAGAGCUUUGGUGUGCUGAGAGUCGUGGUCCUUUCUCUCAGAAACAGGCAGAGUAUUUCCUCGCUCGACAGGCGUAUAUGUUGAAAAACGACGAGAACAAAGCCUUGAGUCCAGCUGAACUGCAGGAUGAACUGAACAACAUCCUGAAGUUUAACCCUGACUUCGCUGAGGCGCACUAUGUGAGUUACCUGAACAGUGUACGUGUUCAGGAUGUUUUCACCUCCACUCACACUCUGCUGCACUACUUUGAUCGUCUUGUCCUGUCUGGUGCCGAGGGGAAGAGUAACGGAGACGAGGGAUUCGGACGCAGCCUUCGUUACGCCGUCCUCAACUUGGCAACCCUGCACUGUCGCUUCAACCAUUAUCAGCAGGCAGAUCUUGCUCUUCAGGAGGCCAUCAGAAUUGCUCAGGAAGCAAAUGACCAUGUCUGCCUACAGCACUGUCUGAGUUGGCUGUACACAUUGGAGCAGAUGAGGGGAUGUGACAGUGCAGUUCUGACUGAAGACUCUGUUAAAAUGGCUGCUUAUUUCUGUUUAACUUAUUUAGCGUGUCUGGGUGUGCAGUCUCUGGUCCAGCGGGGGGCGCUGCAGGGUUUCUCGGCCCCUCAGCUGCUUGAUGCUCAGCGUCAGACCGCAGUGCUGCUGUGGAAACAUAGUCUGAAUGAGCUGAUUGAGAUUAGUCUGGCUCAGAGCGCCUCCCUGUGGAGCAUGUAUGGCAAGAGUUUGAUGUCUGUGCAGCAGUCUCAGCUCCUGUUGAACAUGAACAGUUUGGAGCCGGUGAAUUUUGGCGUUCAGCAGAACAACACUGAGCCCUUCACCAUCGCACUGUGUCACCUCGCACAACUCCAUGCUGAUCAGGGUCUGUACGCCGCGGCCAACGACAUCAUCAGACACCUGAAGCAGCAGUUUCCUCCUCACACUCAGCACGCUAAGAACUGGAUGCUGUGUGACCUGAACAUUCAGUUUGAGAAAGCAAUGAAUGAUGGGAAAUAUCACAUGGCUGAGCCUCAUGCCACCGCAAUCGCUGCCCUGAACUGCACCGAGGGGCUCUACAGGAAAGCCCAACUGCUAAAGGCUUUAAAUCGGACAUCAGAAGCUUCCAAAGUCCUACAGCGUCUACAGCAGCUGUGUGAGAAAAACAAGAACACAGAGAUGAUCAUCAGGGUUAUGUUAGCCACAGCAGAGCUGCACUGGGACUCCUGUGGAUAUUCGGCUGCUCUCCCACUCCUGCUAAAGGCUUUAGCACUCACACGCCAACACAACCUACAGAGACUUGAGUGUAAAACUGUACUGCACCUCGCUUACACACAGCUUAUGAUGGGCAUCCCGGAGCAGGCUCUUCUGCUGGUGUGUAGUGUGUUGGAGUGUGUGUUAGCCCACGGUGCCCUGAUGGAUAAAGCUAAAGCUCUGCUGCUGAUGGCACGGUGUCAGGUGGCUCUGAGUGCAUCUGCUUCAUGGGAACACCGACUGACUGCUGUAGAGUCAGCACUACACACUCUGGAUGAGGCUGGGUUUUAUUUCUCUCAGCUGGACUGUAAGCAGCGUCUGCGUGAUGUUUAUUACCUGCAGUCUCUGCUACACCACACACUGGGAAACUUGGCCGAACGCAACAAGUGUUCACUAAUGUUCCGCAUGCUGAACCAGGAGCUACUGCAUGCCCCAGCCACGCCCACCCACCACCUCUAAUACACAACCCUGCCCAGACCACGCCCACUCACCAUGUCUAAUACACACCCCUGCCCAGACCAUGCCCACCCCUGCCCAGACCAUGCCCACCCACCACCUCCACCCACCACGUCUAACACACACCCCUGCCCAGACCACGCCCAUCCACCACGUCUAAUACACACCCCUGCCCAGACCACACCCACCCACCACGUCUAAUACACACCCCUGCCCAGAUGAAGCCCAUCCACCACCUCUAAUACACACCCCUGCCCAGUCCACGCCCACUCACAGGGUCUAAUACACACCCCUGCCCAGACCACACCCCUGCCCAGUCCACACCCACUCACAGGGUCUAAUACACACCCCUGCCCAGACCACGCCCACCCACCACCUCUAAUACACACCCCUGCCCAGACCACGCCCACCUACCAGAAGUCUGUCAUGAUAAAUGCAUUGUGUUUUAUUUGUGUGAAUACAUGCACAUGGCGCCCCCCAGAGGCAGAUGUGUUGUACGUGUCUUGACGUUCACUGUGGACAGUAAAGAAAGAAUUUCAUUGUACAGAGAAACUUGUUUUCCUCACAGCGCCUGUGACAAUAAACAUUAAUCUAAUCUACAU